AAAAAAGCAAAAGGAAGUACUGUCAUCGAUGGCGUUGACACGUCCAGCAUGUCCCGGGAGCAGUUGGAGCAGUUCGCUCUCAAGCUCCGAAAUGAGAUGGAACGCGAGCGGGAGGAGCGCAACUUCUUCCAGCUCGAGCGUGACAAGCUGCGGACGUAUUGGGAAAUUACGCGCAAACAGCUGGAGGAAGCGAAGGCGGUCAUCCGUGGCAAGGAGCGUGACGUGGAGGUGGCCCAAGAGCUUGCCGACCAGGACACCAAGAAUGUGAUGCAGGAGAUGAAGCAUCUGCAGUACGAGCAUCAGUCACAUAUUGGUGAGCUGCGCGCCGAAAUGAUGACACAGCUCAAGAUGGCGCAGGAAGACCAUACGUUGCAGGAGCGUGAACUGCUGAACGACAAGCGGGACCUGAAGCGUUUACUUCGCGAGAAGGAAGAAAACACCGAGCUGGAGAUACAACAGUUGAAGCUGAAGCAUAGCGAACUGCUCAGUGUGGAGCGUGCCAAAUUUCAGGAAGAAAUCGAAGCGAUGACGAAGCUGUUCGAGCAGCGGCUCGGCAGCUACAAGGAGGAGGCCGAGGUGCGCCACGAGAUGGAACUGUCGGAGGUGGAGGAGCGUAAGAAUGGGCAGAUCGCGGAGUUGAUCAGCACCAACGAGCAGGCGUACCGGGAGAUGAAGAGCUACUACAACGCAAUCACACAGAACAACUUGGCGCUGAUCAACAGCAUGAAGGAGGAGAUGGAGGAAAUGCGCCUACAGUCGGACAAAGAUCUCAAGAGCUUCAGCGAGGUGAUGGCGGAGAACAAGCGUCUGACGGAACCGCUCAAAAGCUCCCAGGCAGAGCUGGUGGAGUUGCGCAAGAAGCUGCAAUACUAUGAUCGUGAUAAGGCUACGCUGAACCGGGUAAAGACACGGUUGAACAGUACCCAGAAGCAACUUUCCAGCCUGAAGCUUGAACAAGACGUGCUGCAGAUGCGCUGUGAGAAGCUGGUGGAAGAGCGCGAUCAGCUGAAGCGGCUGUUUGAAAAAUCGAUGCUAGAGCUGCAGCAGAAAUCCGGCUUGAAGAACUCGCUGCUUGAACGAAAGCUGGAGUAUAUCGAGAAGCAAACAGAACAGCGUGAAGCAAUUCUUGGUGAAGUUCUAUCGUUGGCCGGUAUAGAACCACAGUCGCUAAGCGUGCGAAUUGAGAAGUUGUUGGUGCAAAAGAACGACAAAAUCCAGGCUCUGAGGUAUGAUCUGGCACGGGUAAGCAAAAUGUAUGACGAUCUGCUGUCCCUAAUUGAGGGCAAGCUGGUAAAGUACGGCAUCACAUUGAAGGAUCUGGAGCUAACGAAUCUCCGGCAGGAGAAGUAG